AUGCGUCAUUUAUCUUGUGGUACGGAAAUUGCCAAAGAAAUUCGCUUAGUGGUACGAAUCAGCGGUGACCAUCUAUCAUUAGAAGGCUUACGACGAGCACUGUAUAAUUUCUUGUUUGCUCGAGCUAACAACGGGAAAUUUAUUCUACAGCUAGGUUUGAACAAACACGGAAGACAGCCACGAGCUAAAAAAAUUGAGGCGCUUUUGGAUCGAUUUGGAUUAGAGCGCGAUGAAGGACCCGGAACCGGGGGACCAUUUGCUCCAUACUCAGUCGCGAAACGUUUAAAGACAUAUGCUGAUGUAGUGGAACGGUUGAUUGAUACAGGUUUAGCGUACCGAUGCUUCUGUUGUAGUGAUACAUGGAAAGAAGUAGAUCCAGAGAAAAAGGAACCAACGAAAUUGCUUCCUUGUUCAAAGGAAUGUUUCACGAAAACGCGCAAUGAAUCUAGAAGUAUGGCAUUGGAUGGCCUGUCACAUGUUGUUCGCCUAAGAAUACCUAAUCGGGCAUACCUGUACCAGGAUGUAGUACAUGGUCAGUUAUCUAAAUAUCUACCCGCUAUGGAUCAGCUCUUGCUAAGGCCAGACUUCUUGCCAACAUCGUUUUUCGCAGAUACUGUUGAUAAUCAUACGCUUUGCGCCAGUCACCAUGUUGCUUCUUCCUCUCGUGAUUUCUUUCAGCUUCCUAUCUGUGAUGCGUUACAGUGGUGCUUGCCAACAUUUAUAAAUAUUGGAAGUUUACGGCUUCGAAGUGGUUCACGAUUAUUAACGUAUAACAAUGCUCGAAGUUAUGUUAGGACAUAUAAUUCAAUUCACGAAUUAUCAAUUUUAAACUUUUUACUAGCCGGUCGUGGUUUACGGAAGACACCCAAUAGAAAUAAUCACUUGUACAGUAUCGAUGAAAUGAUUGCUCAGUUUGAUGUUAGCACUAUUACCGGUGAUGCUUUAUUGAUGAAUACAUAUAAAUUAAUGAAACCGGAGCGACAGGAAACACUGUUGGAACAACAGCUUGAAUUGGAUGAAGAAAUGCGUCUCUUCGAAAUGUUUGAUAAGAAUUUCUUUGAAGAUAUGAAAUUCUCUGAUUCGUUGUCGGAAAGUUCAGAGUUCAUACCAAAGUCGAUCUCAGAUAGACUGCGAGAAUUUUUAAAAAAAGUUAGGAAUUCGUGUGUGGAUUAUGACGAUCACUGGAUUGAAAAAUUGGUGAAAGCCGUACCAAAAAACAAUGAAACAAAUGAUGCGUUGAUUGAGUCAUUGAAAUUUGGAGCAGACAGAGUAAAGAAUCAAAGCAACUUCUAUUUCAUUCAUCUCAGUUUAAUCAAAGAGAUAAUAUCAAACGGUGAUAAAGAUUUAUGGAACUGUGAUUUUAUCAGAGAUGUUGUUCAGCAAUUUUUGAGCGAGUCAACUUUUGAUGGUUCGAUACUAGUUAUGAAUGCUUUAUUUAUGCUUUAUUGCGAAUUGGAAGAGAAGAAUUUUUCUUAUAAAGAUGAAGAAGUAGUUGAGAAAGCUCUUCAAUUGCUUAAUGACAAUAUGGAUUCAACUCUGGGUGUUACUAUAUGCAAUUAUCUGGACAAAAUAUUUGAAAGGAAAUAUAAUACUUGUUGGGCUUUUUCCAUUAUCGAACUGCUGAAGACGAGCAAUUCUGGAUUGCCAGAUAAAUGUGCAGGAAGUUCUGCAUGGCGCAAAAGAUUGUCGCAACUUCUAUUGCAUAAUCCAAGUCUGAUAACUGUAGAACAAUCACGAGAAAUUUUUAUAUUGGCAAAAAGUCUUAAAAAUCGAAUUGAGCAUAUCCAUGUUUCUGGAUGUGAAAUUGUGUCAUUGAAUUUCUAUUUUUUCAAGCUUUUGGCCGAACUUGUACAACAAAAGAAAGUGGAUGAGAAGAUAUUGUUUGAUGACGAUUGGUGCUGUAUUCAUAUCAGAAAUGAAAUUUUAUUGCAAUUAAUUGCUAUGGGGCGUACAGAAUUAAUUAAAGUUGUAUGGAGUACUCCAAAUUUACGUUUACUGGAUUUGGUAAAAUUGGGACAUCACUGCUAUGAAGAUUAUUUUGAUCGAGGCUUGUCUAUAUUAUGCGAAGAACGCAAUACAUUAUCGGCUAGCAAAUUUAUUGCAAGCCUUAAAAAUCCAUCUAUCGCCAUGCUCGAUUCUUUGUAUGAUGCUUUGAAGCUUCAUAAUAUGAUAAAUCCGAUGGUUUUAAAUGCAUUACUAGAAAAAUCAGAGACGUGGAGUAAUAAAAUUAUUCCAGUUUUAGCUUCCAAAGCGGCUGAACAGCUUAACUUGCCGAAAUGGGAAUGCAGAGAUAACGCCUUAAGUCAGCUCACUGUGCUAGUUAAAUACGGAUAUAAUGGAUCUGAGCUGAUACACUGUAUCACUGAUAUUGCCAAGAACGACGAAGAGUCGUAUGUCCGUAGUGAAGCACUGCUUUUUUUAAACCAAAUUGGAAAUCGAAUGGAUGUGAAUAAUGUAGCUGCAUCUGUACUGCUUUCAGAUUCCGAUUCGGCCCCAAGGAUUGUGGCUGUUGAGAUACUACGUAAUGGUCUACCGCAAACGGAAAUGCUUUGUCUUGAUCUCAUACCAAAAAUUUUAUAUGAUGAAGAUAUCGCUUUGCAUCGUACAAUUAUUGAUUUAUGUGGAGCAUUAGUUAUCAAUGGUAGAAACCAGGAACUGAAGGAUUUAUUGAUAAAGUUUCUUGAGGAUGAAGUGGACUGUUACGAAGAGUUGAAUGAAAUGUUAUAUGGCAAAAACAAAGAAUUAUCGUUAAAACAUAAAGAUGAUGAUGAUUUGGAAUACAUAUUCAAUGUUUUGGCAAAGCAGGAUGAGGAAGACCAGGAUAAGGAUUGUUAUGAUUUAUAA